AUGAUGUCCGUGGGUUUCCGGCGACCUCUCAAAAUAAAUGACAUCUGGCUUCUCAAUCCUGACCGGUCUGUCGAGGCCCAUGCCGAGCUCGUCAGGGCCGCGUUCGAAAAAGGCGUCGAGGCAGGUUACAAAGCACCUCUGUUCUGGGCCUUGUACAGCACAUUCAAGGCUGAGUUUUUGUUCGGAGGCUUGUGCCGGCUGAUCUCUGACCUGUUCGUUGUCGGGUCUCCCUACACCCUCCGCUACCUCAUCCAGUUUGCGCUGGAGUCGUACUAUGCCAACUUGGAGGGCGUCGAGCCGCCUCCUGUCUCCCACGGUUACGGUCUGGUCUUCGGAAUCAUGUGCAUGCAGGUCAUACAAAGCUUUUGCACAAACCACUUCUUCUACAACGGGCACAUGGUCGGCGGUCAGACAAGAGCGGUUCUCAUCACAGCCAUCUUCAAUAAGUCGCUGAAGAUAUCAGGGCGAGCCAAGAAUGGAAUUAAGCCGCCAUCAUUCAGCGACACCCAGGCAACGUUGAUCAGUGGCGACGAGGACUCCUCUGCGCAGCAAGACGAGACAGCGCAAUCCCCAACGCACGAAGUGAAAGCAAAGAGUGCAAAGAAGCAGAAGAGUUCCGCUGUUACAGAAAUGGGGUGGUCGAAUGGGCGGGUCAUCGGCCUAAUGGCCAUCGACUCUGCACGUAUUGAUGCAGCUGCUGGUUUGAUCCACACCGUCUGGACCGCACCGCUCAUCACCAUCAUUGCAGUGGCACUUUUGAUCGUCAACCUGAGCUACAGCGCCCUGGCAGGAUUGGCCAUUCUGAUCGUGGCGAUGGUCUUCCUCGCAAAGACGGUCGGCAAUCUGUAUGUCAGGCGCAAGAAGAUCAACCAAAUCACAGACAAACGAGUAGGCCUCACUCAAGAAGUCCUGUCGGCAGUCAGGUUGGUCAAGUAUUUUGGCUGGGAGACUUCAUUUGUCGAGCGCAUCAUUGGUCUCCGAGCUACAGAGACAACAGCGCUGCAGUUCUUCAUGGCAUUCCGCAACAUUGUCACUGCGGUAUCGCAGACCGUGCCUAUCUUCGCAGCCAUGCUUGCUUUUGUCACAUACGCCACAACCCACAGCGGGCUCUCCCCGGCUGUCGUCUUCUCAUCCAUGGCUAUCUUCAACAGUCUCCGGAGCCCCCUGACGUACCUACCUGUCUGCCUCGGCAUGGCCGUCGACGCCUGGGCAUCCAUGCAACGGAUCCAGGAGUACCUCCUGGAGGAAGAACAGGAGGUUUUCGAAGUCGACCCGAGCCUGGAGAGUGCCAUCCAGGUAGAUAAUGCCACCUUCACCUGGGAGAAGCAGUCCUCGACCGCAUCAGUGCCAGGUGCUCAAAGUAAAACAUCUGGGAAGAGCGGGACUGAGGAGAAGCAUGGCUCAAGUACGACUCUGGUCGAAGAGGAGAUGGCUUUCUCUCUUGACCGCGUCAGUAUCGAUAUCAACCGGGGAGAGCUCAUCGCCAUUGUUGGCGGCGUUGGGUCCGGCAAGACUUCGAUGCUCUCUGCACUGACAGGCGACAUGCGCAGGACGGACGGGUCAGUGGUCUGGGGCGGAUCCAAGGCCGUCUGUGCCCAGUACGCGUGGAUACAGAAUGCUACUGUCAAGGACAACAUCAUUUUCGGAAACCCGGCCGACGAGGAAUGGUACCGUAUCGUUGUCCACGCGUGCUCGCUUACCGCUGACUUCGAAACACUCCCACACGGUGAUGCGACAGAAAUCGGCGAGCGAGGCAUCAACCUCUCUGGGGGCCAGAAACAACGCAUCAGCCUGGCCAGGGCUGUGUACUCCAAAGCCGACAUCCUGCUACUGGACGAUCCCCUAAGUGCGGUCGACCCCUAUGUCGGCAAGUUCAUCUUUGAGACGGCCAUAUGUGGUCUCCUCAGCCACAAGACACGGGUCCUCGCAACGCACCAGAUGCACGUUCUCAACCAGUGUGAUCGCAUCAUAUGGAUGGAGAAUGGCCGCGUCCGGGCUGUUGAUUCAUACCUCAACCUCAUGGUCAACAACAAAGAGUUUGCCAAGAUGGUCCACGAACGGGCCGCCGCAGCGCAGCAAAACAACGAAGCAACCGCCGAUUCAGCGAUACCAACAACGGCGGUCAGUACCGCGGCCGCCGCCCCAACUGCAGCCGCCAAGGCGGCCAAAGCAGCUGCUGGGAAACUCAAGGACCUCAUGUCUACCGAGGACCAGAACACCAAGAGCAUCCCCUGGUCGGUUUACAUCUCGUACAUUACGUCUGCGGACAACAUGGCGCUGGUCGCCCUCAUAGUCCCGCUUCUUUGCCUGGCGCAGGGCCUGAACAUCCUUUCCAGUCUCUGGUUGGCAUGGUGGAGCCAGGACAAAUACGGUCUGCCGGAGAAUACCUACAUCGGCAUAUAUGUCAUGCUUUGUGUCACUCAGGCCCUCUUCCUGUACGCCUUUGGCAUCUGCCUCGCCAUCACUUGCACAAGCUCCAGCAACCACAUGCUGAACAGGGCACUGCGGAAAAUACUGCACGCACCCAUCGCGUUUUUCGACACGACACCCCUGGGCCGCAUCACCAACCGCUUUUCCAAGGACGUUGAUGUGAUGGAUUAUUCUCUGACCGAGGCUCUUCGGCUCUAUUGCAUAUCUAUUGCGAUGGUUGUCUCCAUUUUCGCCUUGAUUCUCUCCUAUUUCUACUGGUUCAUUUGCGCUCUUGUCCCCGUCAUGAUCAUAUUCUUCUUCUCAGCUGCCUACUACCGCGCCUCGGCGCGUGAAGUAAAGCGGUACGAGGCCGUCCUCCGGUCCGUCGUCUUCGCCCGCUUCACCGAGGGUCUGAGCGGCGUGUCUUGCAUCCGCAGCUACGACUCACAAGAUCGCUUCGUGAAAACGAUCAAAAUGGCCAUAGAUAACAUGGACAGCGCCAACUACCUGACCUUUUCCAACCAGCGGUGGCUUAACAUGCGGCUGGACCUGGUCGGGGUCAUCCUCAUCCUGACCGUGGGAAUUGUGGUUGUCCAGGAGCGCUUCACGCAGUCCCCGGCCAUUUCCGGGCUGGUCCUCUCGUACAUCCUCGGCGCUACGCAAGUCCUGCAGUUUAUCGUGAGGCAGUUUGCCGACGUCGAGAACGCGAUGAACGCCACCGAGCGGUUGUACUCGUACGGCAAGGACAUCCCACAGGAAGGGUCCACCGUCAACAACGGCGUAGUCCCAAGGCCGCCAACCUCGGCAUGGCCCUUCGCCGGCGAGAUCACCUUCGACAACGUGCGUAUGCGGUACAGACCUGACCUCCCCGAAGUGUUGAAGGGUUUCUCCCUGAAGGUCGGCGGGAGCGAGCGCAUUGGUAUCAUCGGGCGUACCGGGGCUGGCAAGUCCAGCCUGAUCGGCGCCCUCUUCCGGAUGCAGGAGCUCGACGGUGGAUCCAUCGGCAUCGACGGGGAGGAUAUCUCCAAGUUGCCUUUAGAUGCGCUUCGCUCACGGCUUUCCAUCAUCCCCCAGGAUACGACGCUGUUCCGCGGCACUGUCAGGUCGAACCUCGACCCGUUCAACAACUGCUCCGAAUGGCAGCUCAUACAUGCUCUGCAACAAGCCUACCUGGGCUCGCUCAACCUGGACGAUAAGGUCGAGGAGGAGGGUUUGAACUUCUCACUCGGCCAGCGGCAGCUCCUCGCACUCGCCCGGGUGCUGGUCAGGGGAAGCAGGAUUGUCGUGUGCGACGAAGCUACCUCCAACGUGGACCUGGAAACGGACGAGAAGAUCCAGAGCACGAUGCUCCAGGCCUUCAAGGGCAAGACGGUGCUGACAAUUGCGCACCGAAUACGCACCAUCAUCAAUUAUGACCGGAUAUGCGUCAUGCACCAGGGCCAGAUCAUCGAGCUCGGCACCCCGAAGGAGCUUUGGGAGUUGGGUGGCGUGUUCAGGGGCAUGUGUGAGAGGAGCGGCAUCGGCGAAGAGGAAUUCACCGAAGUUUGGUUCUGA